UUCUUUCUCUGAUUCAAUUUAGAGGCGAAUAUCCAGCAACACUGUGAACACUGCAAGAUCCAACAAGGUCAACAAGAACAAGUAACCCCAAGAAGACUAUCUAGAGGGCAACUUUGGUUGAAGCUGGAUGGAGAAGGAGUUUAUCAGUGUACUAUCACAGGGUUGAUCUUUGAAGUAGCCAAAGGUGCUAUCAUUGAAUAUUCCCUUUUGUCUUGGACCAAGUACGCUGCGUAUAUUAAAGAACCCUGGAUUAUUGUGGGUCCUAUAUUUGAUGUCAAAUGUACAACACCAUCUGCUCUUACUUCCAUUGAGUUUCCACACACUCUUUGCCUUAAUGAGCAUUUGUCUGAUGUAACUUUCAAUGUGUUCCACUUCAAAAAUAAUGGUCCAGAAUUCGAAUGUUCUGUUGAUCACUCAACCACACACAUCAAAUGGAAAGUGAGCUCAUUGUCUCCUGUUGGACCAGUAAUUGAGAGAUAUGAUCCAGUGUACUACCAUGGAGUUGUUAUUUUAUACAAAGUUGUCAGUAACCUGCCUUCCUUGGAAUUCCGUGUAUAUAUGGCUAGUAACAACAGCUCUGUCAUAAAGGAUGUUUCAAAAUCAGUAAAACGUUCUCCGAAUGCAUUCAUCAAAAUUGAGAAACCUCCUUGUCACAAAUUACUUCAAGGUGGAAAAAAAUACAGAUUAAUUAGUGAUCCAGAAGCCGAUAUCACUCCUGAGGAAAUUGAGUUUGGUGAUCACUCUUCCUUAGCAGAGAAACCUUUUUUUGAAGUAUAUUUGGAACAGCCAGUGGAACUUACAUUGUCUUUAGUGGACUUGGAGUCUGAAGAAACUGUGUGGAGAGCAAAGUUAAGAGAAAGUGACUGGACUGUACCUAGCCAGAAUGACAAUAAGCCGAAAAGAAUCACUAAUGGCAUCAGGAGACGUAAAUCCAGUAACAGUCUUUCCGGUGAUGAGCUUUACAAUAAACGGCUAAAGGGUAAUGACAUUUCAGAUGGCGUUAAAACUAAAACAGUGUUAACUGAUCAACAGCUGAUGAUCCUUGCAAAGAAGAUGGGUAAAGACUGGAAAGUGCUUGGAAUUCAGUGUCUCAAGGUGUCUGUUGAAGAUAUUGAGCAGAUUGAGGCAAAAGAUGAAGAUAUCAAUAUAUAUAAAUGUAUGAUGCUGCGCAAAUGGAGGGAUUCUGAGCAAAACAAUGGAACUGCCCAAAGUUUAUAUGAUUGCAUAAAAGGCGAUGCAUCCUAUGAAGUGCUACAAAUUCUAGAAGGUUUUUUAGCACAGACGUGAGCUCAUGCAGAAGCAGAGGAAAAACAAACUUCAGGAAUAUUCUUUGACAAUUUUCUACGUAGUUCAAAUGGGAUUUUGUUGUAAACUGCCAACAAUCUAAAACUCUGGCAAGUUGCUGUGAAGAAAAAAAUGAUAAAACAGUUUGAAAACUUGGGGGUGAGAUAUACUUUUGGGGAGCAAGGAAUCAAACAGUGCAUUUUUGAGCAGUUUCCUGCUUUUUACUCAAAGAUAUUUUGCCAUACCCAAAAGGUGAAACUUUCCUUUUUAUAUGUGCAUCACCUGGAUAAGGAUGGUUCAUGAUUUUCCAAAAUGUUCUCAGGUCUUUUGAGUUUACACUUCUUAGAUGAUCUAUAAUUGUGAUAGCUAAAUAGAGACUGAUAAUGAUAUAUGCUGUGCACAACUCGGAUGUUACCUUCCUGUUUUACAUCAGAGGGAAAUGUAACAGAAGGAAAUGGCAGCUGCAUUCUUUUGCUGUGGUUUCUGAAGCCCUGAACAGGCAGAACGGAUCACGAGGCACCAGGGCUGGCUCUAGGUGCUUUUAGAAAAAUGGAAAAUACAACCCAAUGCACCCUGCUCAGUUUGCCAAGGAAGUCCAACUUGUAUACCAAGAAAAGCUAACUUCAUUGCAAUUACAGAAAUUUGCAUAACUAUUGUUCAGCUAUUUUAAUUUGGAUAAUCUGAUUUUGUUUUACAUGGGAAAGGUAAUGGGGAGAAGCAGUGCAGAAGCCUAAUUACUGAAACUAUUAAGGAAGCCGUUUUGAUUUCUGCCAUGAUUAUGCAUCAUUGCACGUUUCAUAACCAAAAGAUACAGAAACUUCCUUUUUCAGCAGAAGAAACAACAACAACAACAAAAAUGAGAUUGUGACUGGAUCUACACUACCAUAUAAUCCAGUUCAAAGCAGAUAAUCUGGAUUUUAUAUGGCAGUGUAGAUGAGGCCUGAGAUUUUCAGGCGUCCCUAUUUACUUAUAUCCUAGAAUUACGGUGCAUGCAUAGCUCUGAUAACUAUCAAUUUCCUAGAGGAUUUUUAAAAUAACGUUGGAUAAAUUUAAUAGCAAAGAAAUAAUGAAAAACACUUCUUAGGCCCUUCCAUAUGGCUGAAUAAAAUCCCAUAUUAUCUCCUUUGAACUGGGAUAUAUGGUGGUGUGGACUCAGGGCCCUUCCACACAGCCAUAUAACCCAGAAUAUCAAGGCAGAAAAUCCCACAAUACCUGCUUUGAACUAGGAGUCCUUUCACACGGUCCUAUAUUCCAGAAUAUAAAGGCAGAAAAUCCCACAAUAUCUGCUUUGAACUGGGUUAUUUGAAUCCAUACUGCCAUAUAUUCCAGUUCAAAGCUGAAAAUGUGGGAUUUUAUUCAGCUGUGUGAAAGGGGCCAUAGAUAACCCAGUUCUAAGCAGAUAUUGUGGGAUUUUCUGCCUUGUUAUUCUGGGUUAUAUGGUUGUGUGGAAGGGCCCUUAGAAUGAUGGUUUGAAUUCUUGAGGAGUAAUUCAAGACCAGCUGUGCAAUCACUGAGACACAUCUUAAAGCAGAUAAGCAUUUGUCAAUUGUAUGACUCCCAAGUUGCCCAUCACCCCGUCUUUAAAUGUAGCAUUGGCCUCUAUGUGAAGGGAGUUUACAUAUUGGUCCUAAAAUGUCAUUAAUUUCUUGUCUUUUUGUUGUACAGUUCUAUUGUAUUGUCUUAUGUUGUUUUAAAUAAAUUGCCCAUGUUUUGUAUUCUA